AUGUCAACGAUACCUCCACCUGCUGCGACGCGGAUCUUGCGCGGUGAGGAUGGACCACUGGUUUGGAUUGACUGCGAAAUGACCGGUCUUGAUCCCAACAAAGACCGCCUACUGGAGGUCGCCUGUAUCAUCACAGAUGGUCAGUUGAAACCUGUGGAUGAAGGCGUGUCUUACGUGAUUCAGACCGAUCCUGCCGUGUUAGCAGAUAUGGACGAGUGGUACGUGUGGGUUCACUUACAACAGAUCACCACACAUACGGAAACAGGCCUCAUGUCCGAAUGUACUGAUACUGCACGCGCGCAUUCCCACAGCGACGUACGCACGGCGGUGCUUGCAUAUGUGUUAGACCGGAUCCCCGACGCUAAAACAGCGUGCUUAGCGGGAAGCACAGUGCAUGCAGACAAGGCGUUUUUGCAAAACGAGAUGCCCGAGUUGAUUGAGCACUUACAUUACCGGAUUGUGGACGUUUCAACCAUCAAGGAGCUGGUCCGCCGUUGGUAUAGCAGUACAGCUGUGCCACCAAAACGGGCAGGCAUAGCACAUCGGUGCGUCACUUAA